CAAAUGUCUUAUUUUGGAGAAGAACAAGAACACAAGUGAAAUUUGCAGAUUCACUCAACUAAAAACGAAAAUUAUUAAAUAAUUUGCAAAUUAAGUUGUUAAGGAUAAAUUUUCCAUCAAAAUGACUACUGGAGCCGUGCCAGCAGAAGGCGUUCGUGAGAAAGCACUGGUGGAAUAUAGAAAAAAACUGCUAGAGCAUAAGGAAGUUGAGUCGCGUCUUAAAGAAAAGCGUGAGGAAAUAAAAGAACUUACCAAGCAAUAUGACAAGUCUGAAAACGAUCUUAAAGCAUUGCAAAGUGUUGGCCAAAUUGUCGGUGAAGUUCUUAAACAAUUAACAGAGGAUAAAUUUAUUGUCAAAGCUACAAAUGGACCACGCUAUGUAGUAGGUUGCCGAAGGCAAUUGGAUAAGACCAAGUUGAAAUCCGGCACUCGUGUUGCUUUGGAUAUGACAACCCUAACUAUCAUGCGAUAUCUACCGCGAGAAGUAGACCCUCUAGUUUACAACAUGUCUCAUGAAGAUCCAGGAGAGGUGAAAUAUUCUGCUAUUGGAGGUCUUUCUGAACAAAUUCGCGAAUUGCGUGAAGUUAUUGAACUGCCACUGUUAAAUCCAGAACUUUUCUUGCGUGUUGGUAUUACACCACCAAAGGGUUGUCUGUUGUACGGACCACCUGGCACAGGAAAGACCUUAUUAGCCAGAGCAGUAGCUUCCCAAUUGGAUGCCAAUUUUUUGAAAGUUGUCUCUUCAGCUAUUGUCGAUAAAUAUAUUGGUGAGAGUGCACGUCUCAUUCGAGAGAUGUUCAACUACGCCCGCGAUCAUCAACCCUGUAUUAUUUUUAUGGAUGAAAUCGAUGCAAUUGGUGGACGUCGGUUUUCCGAGGGCACAUCAGCUGAUCGUGAGAUUCAGCGUACGCUUAUGGAACUGUUGAAUCAAAUGGACGGUUUCGAUUCCCUAGGUCAAGUUAAAAUGAUAAUGGCUACCAAUCGUCCUGAUACGCUUGACCCUGCUCUUUUACGUCCCGGUCGUUUAGAUCGUAAAAUUGAAAUACCACUACCUAAUGAGCAAGCUCGAAUGGAAAUUCUUAAAAUUCAUGCUGCAAAAAUUGCAAAGCACGGCGAGAUCGACUAUGAAGCUAUUGUCAAGUUAUCUGACAAUUUUAAUGGUGCUGAUUUAAGAAAUGUGUGCACGGAAGCAGGUCUCUUCGCCAUCAGAGCUGAUCGCGAAUAUGUUAUACAGGAAGACUUUAUGAAAGCUGUUCGCAAGGUAGCUGACAACAAAAAAUUAGAGAGCAAAUUGGAUUACAAACCUGUAUAAAUUAGAUAGAUAUGAGAAAAAUAAAAUUUUCUACAAAUUUCUCGAUUUAAAAAA